GCCGCCUGAAUGUUAGGAUUACAAGGCGUAACCUUGAUUAUUGAGCUGUUCGCUCUCUAAUCUAGAUUACUCUCCUCGAUAUCUAACAUUCCUCUGUCGUCUGGUUCACAUUCAGCAUCAAUAUCGCGCUCAAGCAUGCGACUGUCAAUUGCCGCCUUUCUGGCCUUCUUCUCUGCGUUUAGCUCAGCACUCGAAGUCACACCGGAUUCACCAUGUGCAUCGAAGUGUAUUGACAGAAAUGACGGAAAUCCAAGUUGGAGGAAUCAGUCGCUUACGUUCAAUGACAUGCUCCCUUGCUACAACUGGGAAUACUCAGGCAACAACUCAACCGCAGCCGCUCUCAAAUUCGCCAGUUGCCAAGAAUGCCAGAUGAAAAGCGGCUGGCGGCAUACAUUUGUAGACAAUGGUACGGAGUACACUGAGCAGGACACUACAUGGUUCCUCUUCAACAACAAAGGCGUAGUAGACUGGUGUCUCUUCGGCCGCUUCGAAAACGAAGAAAACAAGAACAUUAGCUCGUCCUCAAUUUACCAGCGCUGCAGCGACAGCUGCAGUAAGAUUCGCUCGUCUAUCGACUACAACAUCAAGAAGGACCCAGGAGGCUUCGACUUCUGCGAGCACAAUACCAACGCAAACUUCACCUCUGAUGCAGAGUCGUGCGCAACGUGCUUGUACGCGAACGAGGACCUGACGAUCUUGGGUAACGUCCUCACGACGGUGCAAGACAUGUGUGAGAAGAAGCCUGGCAGAAACUACACUGUGCCCGCAAACGUCUCUGUGUAUGCUGCAGAGCGGAUCCAGCUCUCCGCAACUUCGUCCACGGCCUCGCCGACCUCGUCAUCACUACCACCAUCAGCCAACAAUUCCAGCUCUGGCCUCUCGAAAGGCGUGAUCGCCGGCAUCGUACUCGGUGCACUAGUAGCCAUCAUACUAGUCCUCGGUCUCAUACUUCUGCUUUUGAAACGGAGGAAGAACAAGGCCAAGGUCGCUGAUGUCCCCAAAGGCGAAGGGAAGGCAGCACCGACGACACUACCUCCCGACUAUCAAUACAAUUCGGUGCCAGUGGCCAACAAAGACCGCUACUCGUAUGCGGCAGAGGCUCCAACAAAUCAAGCACCUAUAGAGAUCGGUGGUGGCCGGGGACCAAGUGAGCUGCCAGCCGCUUCGACGCCUCCUGCUAGGAGAUAGUGAGUGCUUUAUCCGGUUGCGACAAUACCUAGAAACAUCGGUCACGAACGGCUUCCCAAAUGAUAAGGUCUGAAGAUUUUCAAAACGUUCCAGUUGGUAGAAUCACUUGUAAUCUUCAACCUACAUGCAAGGUAGCAAUGAUCCAUCGAAGACAAUUUGACUACCUCCGAU